UUCUUCUGUGUUGUGGCAGGCAGGCAGGCAGGCGGGGCACCAGAUGACUGGUGUGUACUUGGAGUAAGGCUUUGAGCUGUUGUGCUGCGCUGUAUUGGAGCACAAUUCACAGGUGAGUGUCAGAGAUUCCACUUCCUUCUGUACUUCUUCCAUUCUUCUGUCACUUCCACCUUUUUUAAACACUGAUUGGUUAAGCACGAGUCUCUAUUUGAAACAGUGCUCCAUUCAUGAUGAUGUCAGAGUAACUAAGGUGUGAAGGCGGGACAAUAAUGUGUCUGUUCUGGAAAUGUAUUUUCUGCUGUGUGUGUGUGUGUCCAUCUGGACUACCGAGCCACAGUGGGUUUGGUUAGGGCAGUUUGCACUCUCCUCUGUUUGGAGAAUGGGUUUGUACAGUCACCAGGAGCCUCUCUGUGUGGAACUCUGGGGAUGGCACCCUUUUCCCUAUAUAGGGAACUACUUUUGACCAGGGCCCAUGAAGGAAAUAGGUUGCUAUUUGGGGCACAACCUUUAUCCAUCCUCUCAGACCGCCCUCAAUGUCCCUCUGUGUCAUUCUGUCUGUUCAUAAUCCUCAGCUGGGCAAACAUAUUGCACCUGAAACACGUACUGUAGUGGAGAUAUGGCUGUGUUUGAUCUUGGUGGUAUGUCGCACCAAGGCUUUGAAACGAUGUAAAAAGAGAAUGAUCAACGUUGUUGUUGACAUCCUGGUUUGUAUCUGAUGAAGUGGAAACCAAUUUGACGUGGGUACCCUGCCUUCUCCAGCCUUCCAGGUGCUGUGUUGUCUGCCUGAGGUGAGGGCAGUCAGACUGGUUUUGAUGUAGGGUGAAGUUGCCCUUAGACACUGAUCUUGGGACAGUUUAGCAUUUUCCCCCCACUAAUGGUUAGGAUUGGCAGCGGAGAAGCCUAUCCUAGAUCUGUACCGAGGGGAAAGUUCAUCCUGUAGUGUUAUUGUUCCAUUCAAAUGUCCCUCAAAAACAUAUUAUUUCCAAGGUAUUAUAAUGGGGCAUUGUCAGUGCAUUGGGUUUGUUUUCAUUCCACAUUCUUGUUUUGUGAGUAUACCAAACAUUAGGAACACCUUCCUAAUAUUGAGUCUCAAAGUGAACACUUAUGGAAGAUUCUGGAGUGAAGCCUGAGACAGCGUUUUCCACCACCAUCAACAAAACACCAAAAUAUGGAAUUUCUCAUGGAAGAAUGGUGUUGCAUCCCUCUAAUAGAAUUCCAGACACUUGUAGAAUCUGUGCCAAGGCGCGUUGAAGCUGUUCUGACGGCUCGUGGUGGCCCAACGCCCUAUUAAGACACUUUAUGUUGGAGUUUUCUUUAUUUUGUUACCUGUAUGUUAGUGUGUGCAAGUCAAAGUCCUUAUGAUUUUAUAUCUGAAUUUUCUCUAUAUUUGUUUUCUGAAGAUUAGAACUUAGACCAGAGAAAGCUGUAAGUAAGCUGUGACAAGCCUUGGGUGUUUUGCAAGUAACCACUUACAGGCUUGAAUUGGGAAACGGUUCUGUUCUCCUGUAUAGUUAAUGUUGGAGAGAUCUGCCAGUGGGACCAGUCAUUGUCUGUCCCAAAUGGCACCCUAUUCCCUAUAUAGUGCUCUUCUGUUGACCAGAGCCCUGGUCAAAUGUAGUGCACUAUAAAGGGAAUAGGGUUCCAUUUGGGACUUAUCCGUUGUUUUAGCGAGUUGCUUGUUAGGGUUAUGGAAAUGAAGGCUUUUCAUACUGAAUCACUCCAUUGAUAGUAGCUUACUGCUCCAGUAGUUUUUUCACGCCUUGUUAUGCCGGGUAUUUUACAUCAAGGCCCCACAUUUGUGUUUGCUCUUGAUGUUUGGAAUGUAUCAAUAUGCACUCGUUCAUAUCCUAAUCAAAUGUGGUUACCAUAUAAAUUAAAAUAGACAGUUUAAAGGGGCGUGACGUGUUUCAUCAACAUCCAUCUUGAAUUAUACAACGGGUGGGUCUAAUCCUGAAUGCUGAUUGGUUAAAACCGCAUUCCAGCCGGAGUCUAUUCCACAAGUUACCACCGGCUAAAUCUAUUACUUUAAAAUGUCUAUUUAAUCUGUUCCAUCUGACUGCGCAAUCCACUGUCUCAUCAGCCCAGCCAGGCAAUUUAUAAACUUGAUCUCCACUAUAAAAAGCAUCUAGACAUUAUCUCACAUUUCUUUUAGGCUAACAUUUAGUUUACAACAGCGGAGAUUUGUAUAAACCUUGCUGUCUGUCUCUCGGACAUUUGCAACAUUGUUUCAAUAUUCAAAUUCGAUCUCCAGCUGUCCUAUAGUAAUGAACGUGUCGGGACGAGACAGGCAGGCAGGCAGCUUUUCUCAGCCAGUCGAAAUCAUGAAUCAGCUGGCAUAAUUUUUAUGGUUUGUUUGUUCUAAAUGUUCCAUUGCCAUACUGGCUGGCAACGUUCUUAUCCCUUGCUUGCUAGCUAGCCAACUAUGGCUAACCUACAGUCACGUCAAACAGUGCAGCCGGAAUAACAGCAGCCACAUUUGCAUUUGUUUAAGUUGUUUUCUAGUGACAUUUAUUUGGAUACAUCCAUAACAAUGAGCUAAGGAGGCGCGAUUCCGCCUGGCAUAGAAAAUGUGCUCUCUCGUCAGGAAACUGUUGUUCAGAGGAGCUAGCCAACGACACAGCUAACACAAUGACUUCAAAUGGAAGCUGGAAAGACUGCAAACUAGCUGUACUUCGUUUAAUUUGACCUUUUUUCAAUUGAUAUUUCUUUGUGUAUAUAUACAUAAAAAUGAUGCCAGCUGAUUCAUGAUUUUGACUGUCUGAGAAAUGCUGCCUGCCUGUCUGUUUCGUCCCGACUCCCGACACGUUCAUUACUAUAGGACAGCUGGAGAUCGAAUUUGUAUAUUGAAACAGUUUGCAAAUGUCAGAGAGUCAGACGGCAAGGUUUAUACAAAUCUCCGCUGUUGAAAACUAAAUGUUAGUCUAAAAGAAAUGUGAGAUAAUGUCUAGAUGCUUUUUAUAGUGGAGAUCAAGUUUAUAAAUUACCUGGCAGGGCUGAUGAGACAGUGGAUUGCGCAGUCAGAUGGAACAGAGUAAAUAAGCAUUUUAACGUCAUAGAUGUAACCGGUGGUAACUUGUGGAAUAGACACCGGCUGGAAUGCGGUUUUAACCAAUCAGCAUUCAGGAUUAGACCCACCCAUUGUAUAAAGCCAGACAUGACCACCUGGUCUUCCCGAUAGCUACUGAGGUGAGACAGGCCGUUCAUACAAGGACCUGUACAUACAGUGCAUUCGGAAAGUAUUCAGACCCCUUGACUUCUUCCACAUUUUGUUAUGUUACAGCCUUAUUCUAAAAUGGAUGAAAUUGUUUCUUCCCCUCAUUAAUCUACACACAAUACCCCAUAAUGGCAAAGCAAAAACAGGUUUUUAGAAAUGUUUGCACAUUUAUUACAAAUAAAAUUCUGAAAUAUCACAUUUACGUAAGUAUUCAGACCCUUUACUCAGUACUUUGUCGAAGCACCUUUGGCAAGGAUUACAGCCAAGCCUUCUUGGGUAUGACGCUAGAAGCUUGGCACACAUGUAUUUGGGGAGUUUCUCCCAUUCUUAUCUGCAGAUCCUCUCAAGCUCUGUCAGGUUGGAUGGGGAGUUCGGGUUCAAGUCUGGGCUCUGGCUGGGCCACUCAAGGACAUUCAGAGACUUGUCCCGAAGCCACUCCUGUGUUGUCUUGGCUGUGUGCUUGGGGUCAUUGUCCUGUUGGAAGGUGAACCUUCGCCCCAGUCUGAGGUCCUGAGCGCUCUGGAGCAGGUUUUCAUCAAUGAUCUCUGUACUUUGCUCCGUUCAUCUUUCCCUUGAUCCUGACAAAUCUCCCAGUCCCUGCUGCUGAAAAACAUCCCCACAGCAUGAUGCUGCCACCACCAUGCUUCACCAUAUGGAUGGUGCCAGGUUUUCUCCAGACAUGACGCUUGGCAUUCAGGCCAAAGAGUUCAAUAUUGGUUUCAUCAAACCAGAUAAUCGUUUUUCUCAUGGUCUGAGAGUCCUUUAGGUGCCCUUUGGCAAACUCCAAGCGGGCUGUCAUGUGCCUUUUUUACUGAGGAGUGGCUUCCGUCUGGCCACUCUACCAUAAAGGCCUGAUUGGUGGAGUGCUGCAGAGAUGGUUGUCCUUCUGGAAGGUUCUCCCAUCUCCACAGAGAAACUCUAGAGCUCUGUCAGAGUUACCAUCUGGGUAUUGGUCACCUCCCUGACCAAGGCCCUUCUCCCGCCAUUGCUCAGUUUGGUCGGGCAGCCAGCUCUAGAAAAAUUAUUAGUGGUUCCAAACUUCUUCCAUUUAAGAAUGAUGGAGGCCACUGCAUUCUUGGGGACCUUCAAUGCUUUGGUACCCUUCCCCAGAUCUGUGUCUCGACAUAAUCCUGUCUCAGAACUCUAUGGACAAUUCCUUCGACCUCAUGGCUUGGUUUUUGCUCUGACAUGCACUGUCAACUGUGGGACCUUUAUAUAGACAGGUGUGUGGCUUUCCAAAUCAUGUCCAAUUAAUUGAAUUUAUCACAGGUGGACUCCAAUCAAGUUGUAGAAACAUAAUAAUAAUAUGACAUUUAGCAGACGCUUUUAUCCAAAGCGACUUAGUCAUGCGUGCAUACAUUUUUUGUGUAUGGGUGGUCCCGGGGAUCGAACCCACUACCUUGGCGUUACAAGCGCCGUGCUCUCAAGGAUGAUCAAUGAAAACAGGAUGCACCUGAGCUCAUAUUUGAGUCUUAUAGCAAAGGGUCUGAAUACUUAUGUAAAUAAGGUAUUUCAGUCUUUCAUUUGUAAAACAUUUGCAAACAUUUCUUAACCUGUUUUCGCUUUGAUUAUGGGCUAUUGUGUGUAGAAUGAUGAGGAAAAAUAAAUUAACUUAAACAUUUUUCGAAUAAGGCUGUAACGUAACAAAGUGGAAAAAGUCAAGGGGUCUGAAUACUUUCCGAAUGCACUGUAGCUAGACAUGACCGCCUGGUCUUCCUGAUAGCUACUGAGGUGAGACAGGCAAUCCCACCGUCAGUGCACAUUUACAAACAUUCUCUUGUCAGAAGAUCCUGGUUUGAUGAUGGUUGUGUUUUCUUGUGUACCAAAUAUGCCAGGUGUUGUUGUGGGGGAAGGCCAGAGAGAGGUGCUCAUUUUGGAAGUGGGUUGCUUUUGUUUAUCCCUACAUGGAGCAGACCUUUGCUACCAAGUUGCUGAAAUACCAGCCCCUCGUGUCACGACUGAACAUCCUCGGUUAUCAGUGCGAACUUGUGGUGCUGAUGUUUGGGAGUCUCUGCCAUGUACAUAGGCUGACUGUACGUGGCCUUCAGAUUGCAGGCCUGCAUAGGACAAAUGAUUUGUGGAUUUAAAAUAACGUUUUUUAAAUGUGUGUGUGUGUGUGUCCUCCAGCCAUGCAGCAGGUGCUGGAUAACCUGAGAGACCUGCCCCCCACCACGGGCGCCAAAGACACCGACCUCCUCUUCCUCAGGGGCAUCAUAGAGAGCCCCAUAGUCCGCUCCCUCGCCAAGGUAACACACCCACACACUCCAUCAUAUCAUCAGUUCAGAGAGGAGGAGGGAUGAGAAAGAGGCACUCAGGGCCACCAUAUAAAUGUCUCCUCCAUCUUGUCAGAACGGACUGUGCCAAUAAUGGCAAUGAGUCACUACCCCUCAUUCAAACAGCAGCAGUCUGGAACAGUUUGGCCACGAAUGUUUUGAAUGUAGGGUAUGACCUGUUAGCCAGCCAGCCAAUCUGCCAGUACACGACGCAACUUGCACGCAAUUUUAGUUGCUUACAACCGAGUUGUUUCUUGAUUGCUUUAUGGGGGGGUGUCAAUGUAAAGAGUCUGGGUGGCCAUUUGAUUUAUUGUUCAGCAGUCUUAUGGCUUGGGGGUAGAAGCUGUUAUGAAGCCUUUUGGACCUAGACUUGGCGCUCCGGUACCGCUUGCCGUGCGGUAGCAGAGAGAACAGUCUAUGACUUGGGUGACUGUAGUCUUUGACAAUUUUUUGGGCCUGCCUCUGACACCGCCUAGUGUAUAUAGGUACUGGAUGGCAAGAAGCUUGGCCCCAGUGAUGUACUGGGCCGUACGCACUACCCUCUGUAGCGCCUUACGGUCGGAUGCCGAGCAGUUUCCAUACCAGGCGGUGAUGCAACCGGUCAGGAUGCUCUCGAUGGUGCAGCUGUAGAACAUUUUGAGGAUCUGGGACCCAUGCCAAAUCUUUUCAGUCUCCUGAAGGGGAAAAGGCGUUGUCAUGCCCUCUUCACGACUGUCUUGGUGUGUUUGGACCAUGAUAGUUUGUUCGUGAUGUGGACACCAAGAAACUCUCGACCCGCUCCACUACUGCCCUGUCGAUGUUAAUGGGGGCCUGUUUGUCCUGUAGUGCACGAUCAUCUCCUUUGUCUUGCUCACAUUCAGGGAAAGGUUGUUCUGACCCAGUUGUCAUGUCAACACAGCUAUCCAUGCUGCGCAGCACAACCCGCAAUCAGGCUUGACAGAACAGAGACUAACACAACAGGAAAUGUAUACAAAUUAUUGUAUAUGGUUUAGCAGUCAAUAAAUGUAAUUUCGAAGAGAACCCAAACCUCUCCCAGACCAGUUUCAACUGAAAUUAUCCACCAUGAAGUGUGCUAGCUAGCUAAGCUCGUUGUUAGCUAGCUAGGUGUUACUGUUUGCAAUGUCAUUUUGGCUAGCUAGCUAGCUAUGUUGGUGUUUUUGCAAUGUCCUUUUGGCUAGCUAGCUAAAUUGUACAGGCUGCAUUUCUACUGUGUCCUUGCUGUUACAAUAACCAACCAGUUGGGUAAACACAUCAUUUGUGAAACCACAAUGUAAUGCAACAGAUGACAUGGGGUGAGUUUUAGAAUUCUCAAACAAGCAGCUUCAAUUUGAUUGGCUGUUGCAUGCAAUUUUAAUCACGUUUGAGUAGCUUCAGCUAACAGCAAGGCAAGGUGGCUUGAGAUUAUGUCACUUGUAACUGCAACUAAAAUUGCGUGAAAGUUGCUUUGUUACCCCAGCCUAAGUCUUGGUGGUUACUGCCGGGUGCAUAGGGUUAACAGCUGCACAUCUAUGUUUAACACGGCAGUGAAAUGUCAUCUAGAACGUGUUUCAGCGGGCCAGCCAUGUCAGAGAUUCUACAGAGGUCAGGGGCCUGCCUCAUUUAUAAACCGCAGUGGUGUAAAGUACUUAAGUAAAAAUACUUUAAAGUACUACUUAAGUAGUUUUUUGGGGUAUGUUUACUAUUUAUAUUUUUUACAACUUAUACUUCGCUACAUUCCUAAAGAAAAUGUACUUUUUACUCCAUCCAUUUUCCCUGACACCCAAAAGUAGUCAUUACAUUUUGAAUGCUUAGCAGGACAGGAAAAAGGGCAAAUUCUCGCACUUAUCAAGAGAACAUCCCUACUGCCUCUGAUCUUGCAGACUCACUAAACACAAAUGCUUUGUUUGUAAAUGAUGUCUGAGUGUUGGAGUGUGCCCCUGGCUAUCCGUAAAUUUGCUUAAUAUAAGGAAUUUGAAAUAAUUUAUACUUUUACUUUAGAUACUUAAGUAUAUUUAAAAACAAAUACUUGUACUUUUACUCAAGUAGUAUUUUACUGGGUGACUUUCACUUUUACUUCAGUAAUUUUCUAUUAAGGUACGGUAUCUUUACUUUUACUCAAGUAUGACAGUUGGGUACUUUUUCAACCACUGAUAAACCAUGCGUACGUACAAAAUGUACCCCAAAAUGUGUGUGUGCCAGUUUUCAUGCAAAAGUUGGCAUUUUAUACAAAUGUAAGUUGAUGUGAGAAUGUGCUCACCUCCCCACAACUCUGCGAGUGGUUGAAAAAUAGUGUUGCAAGUACCGUAAUUUUCGGACUAUAAGCUGCGCCUUUUUUCCAAUUUUUCGACCCUGCGGCUUAUAUAACGGUGCGGCUAAUCUAUGGAUUUUACAGGUUACAGUCCACCAACUUUAACUCUAUGGGCUCUAUGACCGGUCCGCGCCCCCCACCUUUAAGCGGCGGGCUCCAGCAGGAAAAGCUGGAGGCCGGAAAAGAGUGAGACAGGUAGCGCGCAAAAGUAAAAGUGGAACCGAGAGUGGUACGAGAGACAGAACGAGAGACAGAACGAGAGCAAGACAGACAGACAUUACGAGAGCGAGACAGUUUGUCUCUUUCCCGACAAUCCCCUCUGUGCACGAACCCUUACAUAUGGUAAUUAAACAUUAAAACACCUGCGGCUUAUAGUCCAGUGCGGCUUAUAUAUGUACACAUCAUUCAAUAUCAUUCAAUUUAGCUGCUGCGGCUUAUACUCCGGUGCGCCUUAUAGUGCGGAAAAUACGGUAAGUAUUUUGUGCAAAUGGCGGAUAUGAUGAAAAGCUUAUUCAUAAAAAAAACAAAAAACAGGAAAACAUUUGCACAAAAUGUGCAGUUAGUGAGAAGAGAGAAAAUCUGUUUUUAUUUUUAGAAUCUAAAAUAGUUAGACACAGGAAUCUUUUUCGUAUUUAUUUUAUUUUCAUAACCAUUGCAGAACAUUUUCUUCACCUUUUCUGGCCGUGAUGGGUUCAUAUUUCCGAAAGAGCCAUACAACCCAUCUCUCAUUUAAUUGGACCUAGUAGCCUUGUAAAUAGAUAAUGGUUGGGCGGUAUCCAGAUUCUCAUACCGUUUCUGUACCGUACCGGGGUUUAUUACUGGAUGUGCACACACAGGGCACUAUUCCCCCCCCAACAAAACAUUAUUAUAAAAACGUUUGACGCACAAGAUUUAGGCAACAGGGAACUUGAUCCAGGAGGGGAUUGAAUGUCUCUGCUGUAACCAAGAAGCUUGAUCUUGACAUCUAGCCACUUAGCAAGCAAAUUAGCAAACCAAAUAAACAGCUGGAGCCCUGAGCUGGAUAUAAUUAAUUUGACACAUCUGAGAUUUCUUAUAGUUAUAAUUAAGUUCUAAGCAGUGGCGUAGCACGCACCCCCACAACCCCCGGGUUAGUGCAGAGUUUUAAUGCUCGUUCACGCGCGCAAAGUUUUACGACGGGUCUAGUUUAUAACUGUAACCAUGUAUUGUUUAUAAAUCUAAAUAUUUAUGAACGUGCUCAGACUUCAGAAAUUGACAUUUUGUGUGACAUUUACACAACUGUUAUAAAUGUGGCCCCAGGAGUAGCAGUGUGUGUGUGUUCAGAUGGGACAUGCUGACAUCUGGUGGACAUUUAUCCUUGGUUCACUUUUCACAGGAAGAAAAACAAAUAAAUAAAACUGGCCAGGGACAGGGCAUGCAUAAAUCAAAUCAAAUCAAGCUUUAUUUCUACAGCACAUUUACAUUUCAGACAUGGAAUGCAACACAAUGUGCUUCACAGGAAAAACAAACACAUAUUUAAUAUUUACUACACAACAAAUGUAAGAGGAUAAAAAAAAAAACUAAAUAAUAACAAUAAGAACUGAACGACUAAAAAGCACCCUAAGGAAAAGCAAAGCUUUAAAGAUGUUUUAAGAUCUCUUUUAAAUGUGUCCACAGUUCCGGCCCCGCUCAGGUUCUCUGGCAGGCUAUUCCAGUAACUAAAGGUUGCCUCUCCAUACCUCUUGGUCCUACGCUUUGGGGCCUGAACUAAAUACUGUGUGUAUUAAUGUGUGUGCGCUCCCCCCUCUCUCUGCAGGCCCAUGAGAGGUUGGAGGAUGUGAAGCUGGAGGCUGUGAGAGAAAACAACCAGCAGCUGAUCUCAGAGAUCCUAGACUCCAUUACAGGGCUGAGUGGUAGAGACGCCUCCGCUGAGGAACUAGCCAACAUCCUCCAGGAACCACACUUCAAGGUACACACACACACACACACACACACACACACACACACACACACAGUGCCAUUCAGUUGAGCAGUUAGAGCUAGUCUGAAAGUAGACCAGAGAAUGACUCUCAACUGGGGCCAUAAUCUGGUGGAAUGACUGUCCUGUCCUGUCAGAGCUGUUUACAGCAACAAUCACCUUAUUCCUCCUGAAGUCUCUGCCUCUCUCUCUCUGCUCUCUCUCUCUCUCUUCUGCCUCUCUCUCUCUGCCUCUCUCUCUCUCUCUCUGCCUCUCUCUCUCUCUCUUCGGUGUGCCUCUCUCAGUGUCUCUCUCUCUCUUCUCUAUGUCUGCGUUCUCCUCUCUCUUGCCUAUCUCGAGACAUAUAUAAUUAGCUCUCUUCGAAAGGAUCUAGCCUCUAUGCCUAGCAGGACCUGGAGGGCUCUAAUAUAGCUCUCUCUCUCUCUCUUCUUCUCUCUCCCUCGCCCUCUCCUCUCCCUCUCCUAUCCCUCUCCCUUCUCCUCUCUCUCUUCUCCUUCUCUCUCGGCUGUGCGUGUGCCUCUUCUCUGCUGCCUCUCAUUCUCUCUCUUCAGUUAAAAUUAAAUUAAGGGCUUUAUUGGCAUGGGGCAAACGUAUGUUAAACUUGGCCAAAGCAAGUGAAGUAGAUAGUAAACAAACGUGAAAUAAACCAAUAAAUAUUAACAGUAAAUAUUACACUCAGAAGUUGGUCCAAUAAAUAAUAGACAUUUAAAAUGCCAUAUGUGUAUAUAUACAGUGUUUUACACAAAUGUGCAAAUAGUUAAAGUCCCAAAAUGGGAAAAUAAAUAGAACAUAAAUCUAGGGGUUGUAUUUACCAAAUGGUGUUUGUUCUUCACUGGUUGCCCUUUUCUUGUGGCAACAGGCUCACAAAAUCUUGCGGCUCUCUCUCUCUCAUCAUAUCUCUGUCAUACUCUCUCUUCUCCUAUUCUCUCUCUCUCUAUCUCUAGCUCCUCUCUCUCUCUUCUCUCUCUUCUCUCUCUCUCUCUCUCUCUCUCUCUCUCUCUCUCUCAAUUAAAUUCAAUUCAAUUUCAAUUCAAUUUAAGGGCUUUAUUGGCAUGGGAAACGUGUGUUAACAUUGCCAAAGCAAGUGAAGUAGAUAGUAAACAAAAGUGAAAUAAACAAUAAAUAUUAACAGUAAACAUUACACUCAGAAGUUUCAAAAGAAUAAAGACAUUUCAAAUGUCAUAUUAUGUAUAUAUACAGUGUUGUAACAAUGUGCAAAUAGUUAAAGUACAAAAUCUCUCUCUCUCUCUCUCUCUCUGUGUCUGCCCCUCUCUGUGUCUGACCCUCUGUCUCGUGUCUCUCGCUCUCUCUCUCGUUGGAACUACACUACAUGACCAAAAGUAUGUGGACACCUGUUCGUCGAACAUCUCAUUCCAAAAUCAUGGGCAUUAAUAUGGAGUUGGUCCCCCCUUUGCUGCUAUAACAGCCUCCACUCUUCUGGGAAGGCUUUCCACUAAAUGUUGGAACAUUGCUGCAGGGACUUGCUUCCAUUCAGCUACAAGAGUGUUAGUGAGGUCGGGCACUGAUGUUGGGCGAUUAGGCCUGGCUCGCAGUCGGCGUUCCAAUUCAUCCCAAAGGUAUUCGAUGGGGUUGAGGUCAGGGCUUAGUGCAGGCCAGUCAAGUUCUUCCACACCGAUCUUGACAAACCAUUUCUGUAUGGACCUCGCUUUGUGCACGGGGGCAUUGUUAUGCUGAAACAGUAAAGGGCCUUCCCCAAACUUUUGCCACAAAUUUGGAAGCACAGAAUCGUCUAGAAAUGUUUAGAAUCGUAAUCGAACCCACAAUUGCUGAUGCUCCAGAUACUCAAAUAGUCUCAAGAAGGCCAGUUUUAUUGUUUCUUUAAUCAGCACAACAGUUUUCAGCUGUGCUAACAUUAUUGCAAAAGGGUUUUUCUAAUGAUCAAUUAGCCUUUUAAAAUGAUAAACUUGGAUUAGCAAACACAAUGUGCCAUUGGAACACAGGACUGAUGGUUGCUGAUAAUGAGCCUCUCUACGCCUAUGUAGAUAUUCCAUUAAAAAUCAGCCGUUUCCAGCUACAAUAGCCAUGUACAACAUUAACAAGGUCUACACUGUAUUUCUGAUCAAUUUUAUGUUAUUUUAAAUGGGCAAAAAAUUUGCUUUUCUUUCGAAAACAAGGACAUUUCUAAGUGACCCCAAACCUUUUGAACGGUAGUGUCCAUAAUAUUGGUCUAGCUGCAAAACCUAUAACAUUCAUCUGUGUGACACUGCUAUGUACACUACUGCCCGGCUGACCAGGCUAUGUUGGAGCUGCAAUUUGAUUUUGUCGCCUUGCAGAAAGUCCUUGUUGAUUAAAAAAAAUUGGUACUCAAUGCGGGAAAAACUUAAAUGUAUGCGGUUUUCAAAUUUUUGUCGAAAUAUUUCAGAUGGCUUACACAUUUACGCAUUGGAUGGUUCUUUCAUCGAGCAGGUUCUCGCCUAUAAAUAUCUGGGCUUUUAGAUUGACAAUAAUUUGACGUUUAAACGGAUGAGCUAGUUAAAGGAAAAUUCCACCCCAAAACGAUAUGUUGGGAUUUGUUUCAUUAGUCCAAUGUUGACAUAGUCCCAAAAUGUUUUGCUUGUCAGAAAUGACGUUUUCAAGAUAUGUAACUUUCAAAAUACAUAAAUCAUCCCUGUGUGAUGCAUUUAGCUUCAUACAGGGAUGAAUUCUGUAUGUCAACAAUGGACUAAUGAAACAAAUACCAAAAGAGAGUUUUCCUUUUAAGACGCUGAGAUUUUAAAGUAGGGUUCUUUUUAUAGAAAUAGAUUCCGCCUCUCCAGAAACGGCAGGAAGCAGAUUGUACAGGUAACUCUCCUGCCAGUUCUUGACUAUGGUGACACCAUUUAUCGGAAUGCAGCAGCCACUAAUCUUAAACCAUUUUGAUGCCGUCUACCAUAGCGCCCUUCGCUUUAUCACUGCAUCAUAUAUCAAAAUGUUGGCUGGUCCUCCUUAAGAUCCCGUAGAUCACUUCACUACUCCCUUUCUGUUUACAAUGCUUUACUACACAAGCUUCUGACCUACCUCCCUUCACUGUUAAAACCCGUUCACAGGGAUGGUUAACUCUCGAGGUUCCGCUAGUACGUACCGAUUUAGGUCAAUCCGCCUUCGGUUUUAAUGCCCUCCAUUUUUGGAAAAGCCUACCAAACUCCAUACAUAUUGACUCUCUGUGGUGCCUCUAGGACAGUUUAGGACUUUAAUGUUGAAUGUGUUUAAUGAGAAUUGCAGGUGUUUGGAUUGAAUCAUUGUUUUUGUGGUGUGUGAAGCUUUUGUGUUAAUUCUGUAAUUUGUCAUUUACUUUAUUAUUAUUGUUAAGAAUUUGUUGUAUUGUUGUCCUCAGGGCACCAUUGUUAAUGAGACCCUGGUCUCAAUGGGUUCCCCUGAAAUAAAUAAAAGUUAAAUAAAAUCUCUCUCUGUCCUCGCAUAAAAAAAACAACAAAAAAAAAAAAACAAAAAAAAAAAAAAAAAAAAAAAAAAAAAAAAAAAAAAAAAAAAAAAAAAAAAAAAAAAAAAAAGAAAAAAAGAGAGAGAGGAGAGAAGAUAGAGGGAUACGUGCCACUCCCCUAGGAGGAGAGUAGAGAGAAAAAAAAAAAAAAAAUUCCUUUUUUUUCUGUCUGGACCAAUGAAGCAAGAAAACUGACGCCCUUGGGGGGGGGGGGCUCUGUCCCUGGUUCUAAUUGGAGUUGGACGGUCUUCUAGUAGGGGGCAGGUACAACAUGAGGGUUAGGGAGUCUAUCAGUGUGAGCCAGAUCGGUACUGAUUGCAUGUUGCUGCUCUCCUAUCUCUGUCUCUACUUCUAAUCUCUAUCUAUCUCUGUCUAUGUUGUGUGAGCCUGGCCUGUGUGUAUGAGCUGAUAUUAAUCCUAUGGAUUAUGGCUGCUCCUGACGGUGAGGGUGGGUUGAGAAUCUUCCUAAACUGAUAUUAUCCCUUCUUCCUUUUGGGGACUGAUUCAGAUUUAUUUUACUGCAUGGCGGGCUUUUUGGUUCUUAAACUUAUCUUUAAUAAAAAAAACAACGGACUUAUUGUUGGUUGGAAGGAGAAGUGUAGUAAGUAAUAUGUUUGAGUCUACCAUCCUGUGAAGAAAGAAGAGAAGAGCUGUGAUGGUUCAUAUACACUGGAGCAGCUGUUAUCCAGUGGGGCUGUUUGUGUUUUUCUCUUACCGUUGUUAGUAAAUCCAUGCGGGUUGCCGUGUGCUGCUUGGACUGUGACAUUAGGAUUAAUUAGUGUUUUGAUGAAGAAGGGGGGGUGGUGGUCAGGAGGGAUGGGUACAGGGUAUAUAUAUUGUUGGUAUUUGUAUUUGGGGAUGUUGGUUUGUAACAGGUUGUGUGAUUGAUUAACAGUAUCAAGUUCAGUCAUGUACAGUACCUGAGGCUCAAACAGGGAUCAUCUGACUCAAAAAAAAAACGUGACUGCAAACCUUCUUGGUGACAAACUCUUAGCACUUGCGCUUAUAAGAAAAGCGAGGGGGAGGAGGGCGAGGAGGCGAGGGGGAGAAAGGGACGAAGCAACGCGGGGGGGGGGGGGACGCUGGGGCGGGGGCGGGAGCGGGAGGGGGGGGGGGGGCAGGGGGGAGGGGAGACGGGAAGAUAGGCAAGCACGCGGCCCACACAGUCCUUAUAUAUAUCGGUAUCUCGUAAUCUCCAGAGUUGGUGUUAGGGGUUGGGGUAUAUAGGACUUCGAUAUAUUUAUCGCGAGAAUAUUAUAUAUGAAGGUAGAUAUAUACAAAAAAAAAAACAAACAAAAACACAAAGGUGUGGGCAGAGAGGGGGGCAGAGGAAGAGAGCAGAGAGAGAAGCGAGAAGAGAGAGAGAGAAAGAAGAAGGAAGAAGAAGCAGACGAAGAAAAGAGAGAAGAAAUCAGAAGGAAAAAGCAGAGAAGAAGAAGAGAGAGAAGGAAGAGGGGAAGGAAAGAACGAAGGAAGGAGGGGAAGAGAAGAGAGGAGAGAAGAGAGAGAAGAAAGAAAGAAGAAAGGAGAGGAAAGGGAGAUAGGAGCGGGGUGAAAAAGGAGAAAAGGAAGAAGGAAUGGAUGAAGGGGGAGAGAAAGAGGAAGAAAGAAAAGAAAGAGGCAGUAAGGAAAGAAGAAGAGUAACAAAAAAGAAGAGACAGAGGGGGAGAAAAGGGAAAGGAAAGGAGAAAAGAAGAGCAGAAGAGAAGGAGAGAAGGAGAGGAGAGAGAAGAGGAAAAGCAGGAGAAAGAGGAGAAAGCAAAGUGCUACUCACUUCUUGAUUUAUAUAUUUAUCUAUAUUUAUCUCUCUAUAAAGGCUAGACUUUCAUACACGUACUUAUGUAGUAGAUCAACGUAUAUAUGAUAACAGAUAUCGUCAGCAUAAAAGUACUAGCGAGAGAGAAGUAUAUAGAUACUAGAUCAUCAUAUCUGAUAUAUUAUGAUCUAGCUAUGUAUAUAUUUCUAUCAAAGAGAUAUCGCACAGGCUAGAGAAGAGGUCUCUCUGUCUCUCACAAUCUCUCUCUCUCCUCUCUAUCUCGUCCCUCUUCUCUCUCUCCCCGUAUCUCUCUCCCGUCUCUCUCUCUCUCUCUCUCUCUCUGUCGUCUCUUGUCUAUUCCUUUAUAUCUAUUUCUCUCUCUCUCCUCCAGUAUCUGAUCGAGGGCCCAUGAUAUAAAGUCAGUGCGCUCUCUCGAUCCUCUUCAGUCUCUAUCUUUCUCCUCCAGUGGUCUCUCUAUCCCUCCAGUCUCUGAAGUGAGGCCAUACAAGGUUUUUGCAAGCUAACUCUUCUCUCUCUUCUCCCCGCCUCCAGUCUCGAUUGAGGCCCAUGACAAGGUGGCAGGUAAAUGUUAUGAGAUGCCGCCCUCGGAGGUGAACAGUAAUGCCAUGGCAACCGGUCCGCUCAUGCCUGCUGAUGCCGUCAGGAUGAUUGGCAUCCAGAAGAAGGCUGGCGAACCACUGGUAAGUUAAUGUCUGCACCCCAAAUGGCAGCCUAUUCCCUAUAUAGUGCACUUAUUUUGACAAGGGACCAUAGCCAGGCUCCGGUCAAAAGUAGUGCACUAUGUAGGGAACAGGGUACCAUUUGGGACGUAGUCUCAGACAUUACCAAUCUAACUGCAAGAGCUGGAUGACUGUCCAAAGUUUGUACUUAGCAGUUUAGCUACGUGUAAUAUUUUAAUCCCUUGUCUGAUGCAUUAACCUCUCCCUCUCUCUCCUCCCCUCUCUUUCUCUCCUCCCCUCUCUUCUCCUCCUUAGGGGGUGACGUUCAGGGUGGAACGAGGGGAGCUGGUGAUCGCCAGGAUCCUGCACGGCAGUUUGAUCGACCGGCAGGGCAUGCUGCACGCGGGCGACGUCAUCAGGGAGGUGAACGGGCGC